UUCCGAGUACAUAGUUCACGACUGCAAACCAAAAUGAGUUGGUUCUUCUUUCUGUAUUAGCCUGGUGAGCGUUCAUCACCGACUGUCUCUCUCCUGUUCAGUGGAAAUGCGAUAUGCUUAUUGGUGACCCGUCUCCGAUUAAGAACGUGCUGCGCAUUAUGAAGAACAGAAUAAGGUUCCUGUUUGUCAUCAUCUCAACUCUGCAGUUAAUGAGCACAGGUGCCGGUCCUGUAGUGCACAAUGUGCAGGGGAUUGUGGGUGGAAGUGUAAAAAUGCACUGUGAGCUGGAGCACCCACACAUCGUUAGCAGAGUUUACUUCCAGAAGACAGAAGAUGGUAUGGAAGUCUUCAUCAACGGGUUUUACUCCAGAGGUCCACUCACAGUGCCUGAAGAGUACAAAGAUCGCACCAUCGUCGACCAAACAGAACUCAGCAUGGAGAUGUACAAGCUCUCUCCUGCCGACGAGGGAGAGUACACCUGUAUCAUCUUUUUCAGUAGUGACUCUCUCAUCAAAAAAACCAAGUUUCACCUCACAGUUACAGCCAAUUACAGCGUUUCAGUCAUAACCAUCUGGGGUUGCGGCAGUGACCCAGCCGACUAUAACUGCGUGAUCGGAUGCUCGGCGUCAGGGGGAUAUCCUCGCAGCAGUGUAACCUGGGGUGUGGUCGGAGCUGACAUGAGCAACCUCCUGAUGAGAAAAAGGGUCCCUGUGUUUACGCAGGACAGAGACUCGCUCCUUUGGAACGUGUCCCACGUUGUUAUGCUGAACUGCAGAUGGAUGGUUAACACCUGGAUCACCUGCUCUGUUGGGGGAGUUGUGUCACAUGGUGUUAGUGUGUGUGCCGGUCCUGUAGUGCGUUAUGUGAAGGGGAUUGUGGGUGGAAGUGUGAAAAUGCACUGUGAGCUGCAGCACCCACACAUCGUUAACAGGCUUUACUUCCUUAAGACAGUAGAUGGUAAGGAAGUCUUCAUCAACGGGUUUUACUCCAGAGGUCCACUCACAGUGCCUGAAGAGUACAAAGAUCGCACCAUCGUCAACCAAACAGAACUCAGCAUGGAGAUGUACGAGCUCUCUCCUGCCGACGAGGGAGAGUACACCUGUAUCACCUUUUUCAGUAGUGACUCUCUCAUCAAAAAAAACAAGUUUCACCUCACAGUUACAGUUACAGCCUCCUGAAGAGCAAAGGGGACCCUGUGUUUACGCAGGACAGAGACUCGCUCCUUUGGAACGUGUCCCACGUUGUUACGCUGAACUGCAGACGGAUGCUUAACACCUGGAUCACCUGCUCUGUUGGGGGAGUCGUGUCACAUGCAGUCAGUAUCCACAUCUAGACUAUUUCUAAUUAAGAUUCGCUUACGUUUAUCUAAAAAAAAGUAAAGUUUCACUGACAAUCAUACUUGUACAAGCAAUAUCUCAGCACACCUAUAUAGGUCUUCUUUUAUUCUCCCAAUUCCAAGGAAUAGAAAUUUGUAAAGGAUCAGUAUUUUAAAAAGUAAUUGCUAUGAAAUGUCAUGUAUAAAUAUAAACAUGUCUAAACAGCCAGAAGAAUUUCUUAAUAAAGAAAUUAAUAAUGUUGAAAUAUAUCUGCAUGUACGUGUGUGUGUGUGUGAUCUAUUUUUUCUAUACGUUAACUGUCCAGAUGUGCAUGCCAACCAAAGAUUUAUUAAAAGUUUUUUUUAUGUAAAUGCUAGUUGAAAUCAGUGAGACGUGAAGAAAAUGUAAAAAUGUAUGCAAGACUCGUAAGUUAUUCGUAAGUUCUUUGAAUGAGCAAAACUUUCCUAAAGAGCUACACACACACACACACACACACAAACACACAUUGAAUUUUUAAACAUCUUAAAACAUCUUAGGGAGUUUUUCCUUGCCACCGUCGCCACUCAGUGGCUUGCUCAGUUGGGAUAAAUUCGCACCUUUAAUAUCUGUAUACCAUGUUGAUAUUUCUGUAAAGCUGCUUUGAGACAAUGUCUAUUGUAAAAAGCGCUAUACAAAUAAAUUGAAUUGAAUUGAA